UUAAAAAUGGCUUGUUUUUACUGUAAAAGCGGUUUUGGAAUAUAUUUUCGUAGGUCGUAAUCAAUGGAAUCUAGUUAAUAAACUUUUUAUUUUACGUAAAAUUUCUAUUUUAGUAAUUAACGGUGUUUGCUCUUGAGUUUCUUCGUUAAAAAUGGCUCUGCCGGCCAAUUAUCGACAAGCUCAGGUAGCUUCAGCGCCUUCUCCUAGUGUUUCUCAAAGGCCUCGCUCUACUGCUUCAAAUUCCAAUUCUUCAUCUUCUUCAAAUCAAACUCCAUCGUCAAGCUCAAGCAGUCCUUUCAUCCAGUCACCCCAUGGUCAUCCUUCUUUCAGUCCCGUCAAGUUGGGUUCCAGAGGAUCCAGCGGGGCUGACAGUAGGGUGCCAAAACCUCCUAAACCACCAGAUAAGCCUCUGAUGCCAUACAUGAGAUAUAGUCGAAAGGUUUGGGAUCAAGUUAAGGCUCAAAAUCCAGAUUUGAAAUUAUGGGAAAUAGGAAAGAUUAUUGGACAGAUGUGGAGAGAGUUGCCUGAUGAAUCUAAACAAGAAUAUAUAGAUGAUUAUGAAGCUGAGAAGAUUGAAUACAAUGAAGCUCUGAAGUCGUACCACAAUUCUCCUGCAUAUCAAGCAUGGGUAGCUGCAAAAGUCAGAGCUCAACAAGCAGCGGAAGAAAGGGAGGCUCUUGAGCGAAGUCCCGCUGCUUCACUCAUACAGCCUCAAAAAAUGGAUGGGAAAAUGUGCAUACAACCUCAAGAAGAUGAUGAUGAUUUGGAUGAAUUUUCUGUGAAGCAUGUAGCUUCAGCUAGGUAUUUGAGAAACCAUAGAUUGAUAAAUGAAAUUUUUAGUGAUACAGUUGUGCCUGAUGUAAGAUCAGUUGUAACUACUGCACGCAUGAGUGUUUUGAAGAGGCAAGUACAAUCUCUCACUAUGCAUCAGAAAAAAUUAGAGGCAGAAUUGCAACAAAUUGAAGAAAAAUUUGAGGCUAAAAAACGAAAAUUUUUGGAAGCCAGUGAAACAUUCCAGGAAGAACUGAAGAAAAAGUGUACCAAAGUAGUUGAUGAUGAAGCCUACCAAAAAAUGGUAGAACGUGCUAUGGACCAGUUGAAGCGUGAAAUGUCUCGGGAUGGCCGACCGAAAAGUGAUUCCAGUACUCCUACCUCACAGCAAGAAUCUUCUGAAGGUGGUGAAGAGCAAGGUGAAAAGAUGGACACUCAAUACUCUUUCAACCCGGUGAAAGCUGAGCAGGAAGAGAUUCCUGCUGCACAAAAGGAAGUAAAAAAUGAGGCUUCAAUUGAACAGACUUCACCAAAAGAACAACAGAAUGGACCAUUUGUGCCCACAAAUGCUCCUCCUGUUCAAGAAAACCCAAAUAUUCAGCCCACAACAAAUUAUCCUCCGAUUUCAUCUGCCUCUCAACCAACUGUGGUAAAGCAAGAAUCUCAUCAACAGCCCAUGCAAGCCAAUUAUAAUGAAGGAAUGUGAAAAUAACUUUACUCAAUGGCAAAACAAAGAUAGUGGUUUUAUCAUCACAUGAUCAUCAAUUUCUGCAUUUAGACAAUGGAAGAUACUCAAAGCAGCUUUAAUUAAACUUUCUUAUUAUUCUCA